UCCAAGCUCAACCAGUUGCGCGUGCACACGUAACACGGAACACCGCGCCUGUGGCUCGACGCGACAUGGCGGCCUCGGCGCUGCAGCACGAGCCCCACCUCCUCCUCCUUGCCGGCAGCGGCGGCCGCCGCCACCGGCCCCUCCUCCGCAUGCUCCCGCCACGCGCGCCCUUCCUGCACCGGCGCCGCCGGUGGCCGCUGGCCGUGAGGGUGUCCUCCGGCGACGGCGGGGGCGCGGGAGGGUUCGCGAGCGCCGUGGAGAAGAGCUCGGUUCCGGGGGCGGUCGGGGAGGAUGAGGGAGCGAGGGGAGUGGAGGAGUUAGAGGGGGAAGUGGCCGGCGCCUUAGAGCUGAGGUGGCCACCGUGGGAGGGGUUGCCCGAGCGGUACAAGCUCAUUGGCGCCACCUCCCUCGCCUUCGUCAUCUGCAACAUGGACAAGGUUAACCUGAGUGUCGCGAUUAUUCCAAUGUCACAUCAGUAUGGUUGGAACUCAUCAACUGCUGGAUUAGUUCAGUCCUCAUUCUUUUGGGGUUAUGCGUUGAGUCAAUUACCAGGAGGAUCGCUGGCAAAAUUGUUUGGCGGAAGGAAAGUUCUUGAGGUCGGUGUUGUGACAUGGUCUUUGGCCACUGCUCUGAUUCCUGCUGUAGCAGGGUUCAUGCCAGGACUUGUGCUGUCAAGGAUUCUGGUAGGCAUUGGAGAAGGUGUCUCCCCGUCAGCUGCUACAGAUUUAAUUGCUAGGUCCAUUCCCUUGCAAGAACGAUCAAGAGCAGUUGCUGUUGUUUUUGGUGGUUUGAGCUUCGGAAGUGUCUUAGGACUUCUGUUUGCCCCUCCCAUUAUUCAGAACCUUGGCUGGGAGUCCGUAUUUUACAUAUUUGGCCUUCUUGGGAUUAUUUGGUGCAUAGGGUUUGAAUCUCUUAAAGGGAAACAGUUGGGUAGCAACAAAGGCCUAAAUUUGGGACAAAGUUCUACUGGAUCCAAUGGCCUUGCCUCAUCAGCUGUGUCUUCAGAAUCAUCAGACUUGUCAUUGGAAGAUUUGCAGAAUUCACUAAAGGAUGUUCCUUGGGGAGCAUUUUUCAAAAGCAAGGCAGUGUGGGCAAUGAUAUAUGCACACUUUUGCGGAAGUUGGGGGCAUUAUACUUGCUUGUCUUGGCUACCAACAUUCUUUAGUGAGGAGCUGAACCUCAACUUAACCGAAGCAGCAUGGGUGUCAGUCCUUCCUCCUUUGGGUUCAAUUGUCAUUACAUCUAUUGCAGCACCUUUUGCAGAUAACCUGAUAGCAAAUGGAGUUGACACCACAAAGGUACGAAAAAUAUGCCAAACAAUUGCCUUUGUUUCACCUGCGAUUUUCAUGAUGCUGUCCUCUGUGGAUCUCGGACUGCCUCCCUGGGAAACUGUUGCUUUUCUUACAAGUGGUCUAGCACUCUCCAGCUUCGCAUUUUCAGGGCUUUAUUGUACGCAUCAAGAUAUCUCUCGUGAAUAUGCAAGCAUUCUCCUGGGAAUCACAAACACUGUAGGUGCUGUGCCUGGAAUUGUUGGUGUCCCACUGACAGGCUAUCUUCUUGAUUCAACUCAUUCUUGGAGUAUAUCACUCUUUGCGCCAUCUGUCUUCUUUUACUUAACUGGUACUGCUGUAUGGUUAGCAUUUGCCAGUAGUGAGCCCCAGGAUUUUUCAAGGUCAAAAUCAGAGUCGUGACUUAUGGUUCCGCUGUGCACAGAAGGGGUUAUUUCAGAAGGAAAUUUCAUCAUUAGUCUAGGCAAAAUUAUGGAGCCCUUGGGCAGCGAAUGGAUUUUAUGUUCCUUUUCAGUCAGUUGGAGAUAAGAGGAGGCCAAUGGCAGAGUACUACCCUGUAAAUGCAUACGGUUAUUUUUUCACUUUUUGACAUGAUUUCAGUAGGGAAAGAGCAAUGUGUUCGUCAGGAAGAGUUAUGAUUGCAUCAGCACUAAUGUAGUAAUGUUGUGUCAGGAAACACGCUUCAGGUGUAAAUAUGAAGGGCAGCAUGACAUUUUGGGUUAGCAGAACAUUUUUGUGCUAUUCUUAAUUUUUAUAGUUCUGUAUCUUCUGGAUU